UCAACGGAUUCACAGUGAAGCCCUGAGCGGCAGCGCGCGAUCGAUCACACGGGGUGCAAAACACAGUUGGUGAACAAAGUACAAAAAAAUUUGGACCCCGGGAGCAGUACAAUGUCACAAAAAGGCUAUGACAUUCCAACAUUGCACACGAUCACCACGGCAAACAAAAACAUACACAGCUUCUUUAUGAGAACGGAUGUAUCGUACUUCGUAAAGGAGAGUGAAUGCUAUCCAGCGUACAAAAAAGACGAUGAUAGAGUGCUGGUGCUACGGAUGGUGGGUGAUGAAAUUGAGAUUUACGAGUGCGAGGACAGCAAUGAUGAGUACGAGUACGAUGAUAGAGGGGUGAAAGAGCCUGAGGAUGGUGCACAGGAGGGUGGCGAGGGCGUGAAUGACAGGGAGAGCAACGUUGAGGCGUAUAACAGCAUGAGCAACAUCAGAAUCGCUAAGAACAUCAAGAGGUGCCGGAUUGAUGGUCUUUUUGAAGGAAAUGUGCUCGCACCCGUUAGCUCUACGCAUCUUCUGUUCAAGCUCUACAACAACCUGCCGUGCUUGAAGGACGGCUUCGUAUGCCUCGUGUUUAAGGACACCUUGCGGAGAAGUGAACUGCUCUUUCUGAUCAAUGUCAUGCUGAACUACAAAUCGGGCAAGGGAAUGCUUCUGCUCCCUGAGAGCCUGGCACUAUGCAUGAGCCUGACAAUACAGAGUGCCAUCGUGAUCCACAACCAGGAAGACACCACGUACAUCUCCGUAAUUGAGGACUACGUGCUGACAGAGGUAAAGAAGCUCAAAGAGGAGAAGGCCAGCAAUAUCACGCUCUUCCGUGCCGAGGAAGAGUUUGUUGACGAGUUCGAUUCGUGGGAGGAGUUUAAGCUGGACAAGACAUUUAGGUGCGAUGUGUGUGGCACGUGGUUCGUUAAGGAGAGCAUCUUCAUGCACGUGAUCAAGAAGCACAUCAAGAACGGAAAGUGCGAGUGCAGGAAAAGUAAGAACAGUAAAUCUGAGGAGGUGGUGGGUGGUGUUGAUGAGCGCGAGAUAGAAGAGAACAAUCAGAACGUGGACGAUUCCACCAACGGUAAAGAUACGGGGGAUAGGUCUGGUGCCGAUGAAAUGGGCGGACAUUCUGAAUCGUUCAACAGGAGUGACAGUAACGUAUCCUUCCUCAACGUGGAGACGAUAAAAGGCGCAAAUAUAAAUGACAGCAUCAAGCAGCACGUCAAAGACCACAUCACGUACAUUUUCAAGGGUAAGUCGGUGUACGAGAAAAUCGGGCAUUUCCUCCGGGCGUACAUCACGAAGGAACGACUGAAAAAGAUCAACACGAUAAUUACGGAUGAGGUUACGAUCGCUAGGAUGAAAGAGCAGUUCAGCACUUUUAAUUACGUGGACAUCAGCAAGGCAAGCGCGUGGCGAGGCGCAAAGGAUUUGAUGAGAAUUGAUGUUGCAAAGGAGCUGUGGAUGACCGACAGGGAAUGGAAUGCGACCAGGCUUAGAGUUCUUAAGGAGAAAUUGCUCUUCUAUCUGUAGAUAGAAGGUGUUUUCGGGGUGAACGGUGCAUAUUUGCACGGUAAAUCGUGUUAAACAUUCAUUUGCUAAGUAAACGCUCC